UGAUUACGUACAACGCAUGCAGUUGAACAAGAAGUAGAUGAAGUGUAGUUAGCUUUUAUCAUGGGCUUAAGCUUAAAUUAAGACCACAACCAAAAUUUGAAGUUCAUAACACAUAACGUUAUCAAUUAUUCAUAUUUAUAUUGAUUAUGUAUAAUAAUUACCAUACUAUAUAGUUAUGGAAGAAAAUCAAAUGAUUCCAUUAUUAUCUGGUUUUCCAAACACUAUCCCAAAUCCAAAUCCAAAUCCAAAUCCAUUUCCAUCAACGUCCUCAACAGUACUUCUUGAAGAUCAAUCUCAACUUUCUUCAGAAGUAGUAUUAAAUUGGUUUGGCCUUCUCUGUGGCUCUACCAAUAUUGAUAAUAAUUAUAAUAAUCAUCAGAAGCCAUUAUCAUCACCAAAUUACAAUGAUCAAUCUGUCAAGGGCAAUGGAAGUGAAGGAGAAAAAAUAAAUAAUAAAGCAAAAAUUGGUAGGAAAAAGAAAGCUGCUCCUCAAAGGGUUGCAUUUCAAACCAGGAGUGAUGAUGAUGUUCUUGACGAUGGGUACAGGUGGCGCAAAUAUGGCCAAAAAACUGUCAAGAACAACUCUCAUCCAAGGAGCUACUACCGUUGUUCGCAUCACACGUGUAAUGUGAAGAAGCAGAUCCAACGGCUCUCAAAGGAUUCGCGUACCGUGGUGACAACAUACGACGGCAUCCAUAACCAUCCCUGCCACAAAUUGUUGGAGACUUUAGGCCCACUUCUCAACCAGCUCCAAUUCCUUUCCACCAUAUAAUAUAUAUAUACAUAUUGAUAUAUAUGAACCAAAUUAUAAAGUAUAUCGAAGUACUUCAUCAUGUAUACACAUGCAAUUUUUAUACAUAAGAAACAUAAAAGAGACUAACGUCUCGGCUGUAAUAAAAAUUUGUUGUCUCCAAUCUUUA